CGUAACGCUCCAACAGAAGGUUCGCCAGGUUGACGUGAAGUACAUCAAGUCGUCGUCUCGACACACGCAGGGAUUAACAACGCCGUCGUAAAGGAGCAGUUUGUUUGUUUUGUUAUGAGAAGAAGCGGCUGGUUGUCUUAGGACUGUGUCCACAGACCAUGGCGGCGGUUCCUCCACUUCUACGGACCGACUCGGCCCGGGGAGAGUUUUCUCCCUUGAAGCAUUUUGUGGUGGCCAAGAAGACGAUCAGCGGCGUGUUCGAGCAGCUACUCAAUUACGUGACGGAGACCUCGAAGUUUGUGGAGGAAACAUGUGAGAACAAAGCUCUGGAGAAAAUCGCAAGUCUGGAUCAAAAGUUUGAGAUCCAGGCGUAUGCAGAGAAGCUUGCUGUCAUCAAGGAGGUGCUGGCUCGCAGACACAUGAAAGUGGCCUUUUUUGGCAGGACGAGUAACGGUAAAAGCACAGUGGUCAACGCCAUGCUGAGGGACCGCGUGCUGCCCAGCGGUAUUGGCCACACCACCAAUUGCUUCCUGAGCGUGGAGGGCACCGAUGAGGACAAGGCCUACCUCAAGACUGAGGGCUCGGACGAGGAGAAGAGCAUCAAGACGGUAAACCAGCUGGCCCAUGCCCUGCACAUGGAUGAGAGUCUGGACGCCGGCUGUCUCGUUCGUGUAUUCUGGCCCAAGACCAAGUGCGCCCUGCUUCGAGACGACCUGGUGCUUGUCGACAGCCCAGGCACAGAUGUCACAUCGGAGCUGGACAGUUGGAUAGACAAGUUUUGCUUGGACGCCGACGUCUUCGUGCUGGUGGCCAAUUCCGAAUCCACGCUCAUGAACACGGAAAAACACUUUUUUCACAAAGUGAACGAGCGGUUGUCAAAGCCCAACAUCUUCAUCCUGAACAAUCGUUGGGACGCCUCAGCCAAUGAGCCCGAGUACAUGGAGGAUGUGAGAAAGCAGCACACAGAUCGUUGUGUGAACUUCCUGGUGGAGGAGCUGAAGGUGGUGGACCGCGAGCAGGCACCCAACCGCAUCUUCUUCGUGUCCGCCAAAGAGGUGCUCAACUCGCGCAUGCAUCGAGCACAGGGCAUGCCCGAGACAGGUGGCGCUCUGGCUGAAGGCUUCCAGGAGAGAUUGAAGGAGUUCCAGAGUUUUGAGAGGAGGUUUGAGGAGUGUAUCUCGCAGUCAGCAGUGAAAACUAAGUUUGAGCAGCACACUAUCAGGGCCGAGCAGAUCACAGAACAAGUCAAGUGCAUCAUGGACGCCAUCAACAUCGAGGCGGCGGAGAAGAGGGUUGCCGCACUGGAGGAUCGAGAAUAUCAGAUGGACCGACUGGAUUUUGUGCGAACUCAGCUCAGGCUGCUGAUUGAUGACAUCAAUAAGAAGAUCAAGGCCAUCAGUGAGGAUGUGGAGUCUCAGGUGUCCAACGCCAUGGGGGAGGAGAUCUGCCGCCUGAAUGUCAUUGUUGAUGAAUUCCACGCCGACUUCCACCCGGCGCCUCAUGUCCUCAAGCUCUACAAGUCUGAGCUGCUGAGCCACGUGGAAGAAGGGAUGGGCAAGAACUUGGCCUUCCGCUGCUCGGACGCUGUCAACGCCUCCGUCCAAUCAACUCAGAGAUAUAUGACAGAGAGCAUGUUGCCUUUGCUGCCCGCCGCCUGCCACGGACAAGUCCACCUGCUGGUGCCCAACAGGAAGUUGGACCUGAGUUAUGACCUCAACUGCGCCUCGCUGUGCAGCGACUUCCAGGAGGACAUUGCAUUUCGCUUUUCCAUGGGCUGGACGGCGCUGGUGCACCGCUUCCUGGGCUCCGUCAACGCCGAGCGAGCCCUCAAGCUGGUGGACCAGAAGAUCCAGGCUUCGCUGCCAGCGUCCACGCCCUCCUCGGGACCGCCUUCCACCGUAGCGCAGCCCAACCACGACACGGCGCUGACCACUCAGGAAGACUUGAUGGUCGCCAUGGCAACCAACGUGGCUUCCAUCACCUCCCGCACGUCGAUGAGCGCCAUCGUUGUCGGAGGAGUGGUGUGGCGCACGCUCGGCUGGAGGCUGAUCUGCAUGAUGGCGUCCCUCUACGGCCUGCUGUACCUGUACGAGAGACUCACCUGGACCACCAAGGCCAAGGAGCGCACCUUGAAGCGGCAGUUUGUGGACUACGCCACCGACAAGCUGCAGCUCAUCGUUAGCUUCACCAGCGCGAACUGUAGCCAUCAAGUGCAGCAGGAGAUGAUGACAACUUUCAGUCGAUUGUGUCAACAAGUGGAUCAAACCCAAAAAGAACUGGAGGAAGAAAUCCUUCAACUGACAGCAAAAGUCAACCAAUUGGAGACUGUACAGAAGCAGUCCAAGACUCUGAGGCACAAAGCGAGUGAGUUGGAGCGACAGCUGGAGACUUUUUCCAAGCAAUAUUUGCAGCUCUGAAGAUGUCACGUCUUGUUGACAGAAGAAAAGGACGAUGAAGGCUAUUAACUAACUAGCACUAACCAACUAACUAUCUGGGUGCUACUCUUACACACCAAUUAACGUGCAUCAAAGUGUGCGUGAGUAUGAUUUGUGUGUGUGUGUGUUGCUGACUCAGCAAUGUUUAGUUCUUUGUAGAAAUCACUCCAUUAAAGUCUCCUAUUUUCUUAUCUACUCAAUGGCAGAGAGUAUCAGGACACUAACUUGUUGUGACAAUUUUACAGGAAAAGAGGAAAUGUAGAAAGUCAGAAUAAAAGUUGGAUUAUGGGGGAAAAACAUGCAAAGUAAAGAAAUAUUUCAGGAGUUGUUUUUUUUU